CCCUUUAUCUGCAGCCUCCAGCCGGGAGCAAGGCAAGGGGUAAGCAGCUCUGACAACCAGAUGCAGAUUCGCAGAGCAGGUGGAAGGACACUUUUGGCGGGGAGACUCUCCUUCAGCCGUGCAAGCAUGGAGCGAGGCUGGAGACACGCCGCUGCCCUCUGGGUCCUGGUUCUCUGGGCCUCCGGCUCAUCUCACAAGGGGCUUGGAAACCUGGGCGCCAGCUUCGACAGCAAAGCUGCGUAUCUAUUGACGGAGGACCGUUCGGACCUCAAGUGUUUCACCCAGCAGCUGGAAGACCUGGCCUGCUUCUGGGAGACAUUUGUACCCCUGAAGGAGCAAAACAACCAGAGUGUGUACAGCUUUGGAUACAAAUAUGAGGAUGACGACUCUUUGAAAUUGUGUAACUUGACUGUGGAGUACACACCCCGGAAUACAACGCGAUACACUUGCUUCUUUCCAAGGCAAGAUGUUUCAGCCUUUUCCCCUCUUGAGAUCAAGGUCUUUGAUCGGCGCUCCCCCAAGAGCACUCUGUACAACAGAACGAUCUUUGUGGAAAAACUACUUUUCCUGGACCCCCCCUCUAACCUGGCAGUGCAGCUGUUGGGGCCUCCGGGACAGCUGAAUGUGAGCUGGCAGCCCCCCAUUCAAUACAUGGACAAUAGCAUCCGCUAUGAGAUGGCCAUCUUCCAUAAGGGUAGCAUAGUCCAGCGGGUGGAGAUUUCCAAUGGGCAGACAUAUUACCUCCGGAAUCUCAAAGGAGGAACCCGCUACACGUUGGCUGUGCGGGCCAAGCCAAACGGAGUCAGCUUUGAUGGCUUCUGGAGUGGAUGGUCGCAGACAGCAUCGGCAAUGAUACCCAGUGAACUGGACCCCCUCAUCCUGACGCUGUCUGUCGUUCUGGCGCUGAUCGUCCUGCUGUUGGCUUUCCUUACCCUGAUGUUUAACCGAAGAUUUUUGAAGAAGAAGAUCUGGCCUGCAAUCCCCACCCCAGAGCGUGAAUUCAAGGACCUUUUCACUAUUUACAAGGGGAACUUCCAGUUAUGGCUGGGGCAUCAAAGCACCUACCUGUGGUGGAGCCAGAACUCUCCUUACCUGGAGGAGCAGCCGUUUUUGGUGGAAAUCCUGUCUGAAUGCGAUGUCCGCAAGGUGGAUGGCCCUCCCGUUCCUCCGCUCCUUCCCCCCAAGGCACGUGGCGUGGGGGAAUUCCCUCGCAACCCAGAAGUCUCCCAAGAUGAUUACCUGAUACUGGAUGAAGACUUGGUGCCGUGCUGCUUAGGAGGGGAUGCGUCCCUGCUCUUGCUGGCCAGCAACAGCAGCGAGGGCACAGAUCCGGCCCUCGACGCAGGAGUAGGGACGCCAGACAACAGCCAGGCCUCUUCUAGCUUCGAGUACACUGUGUUUGACCCCAGCUCAAAGAGUCUGUCCCCACAACAUCGCCACAUCGAGCCGGAGCUCAAGAGCAGUUACCAGAUGGUGUCUGACUCUGGGAUCUCUGCCGACUAUAGCCUGGUGGAGUCCAACGCUGGCCAGAUGAGCUUAUACACCAACCUCUGUGAUGGAGGGCCGCAGCCGUUCCUGCCCACCUACAUUGUGUGCUCGUAGCAGCAGUGAUCAGCAGGAGAACUGAGGCAGCGAGAUGCUAUCCCAGGAGCCUGGCACCUCCCACUUCCUUCCUGGUUCUAGCAAAACGCCAGGGGAAGCCAGUGGACACAGCUGUGGGGCCUCCAAAGCUCCAGUUGGGCCCAAGUCGCUCUUGGAGGAGGAAGAGAGGUUUGCAAAAUGCACGGAAAGGUGAUGAAGGACGUAAGAAGAACCCUGCUGGAUCAGGCCCAUCUAGACCAGCAUCCUGUUCUCACAGUGGCCAACUGGAUGUCUCAACAGGAAACCAUUGAGCAGAAGACGAAGCAGAACAUGAGCACCACAGCACUCUCCCAUCCCCUGGUUUCCAGCAACUGGUGUUCAGAAACAUUUCUACCUCGCAACUGUGGAGGUAGCGCAUAGCCAUCCCGGCUAAUAGCCCUUGAUAGCCCUCUCCUCCAUGAAUUUGCCGGAUCCCUUUUUUAAAAAGCCGUCCUAUUUUGAAUGAGGAAGGGGCAGGAGGCCCACGAAAGAGACUUGCUGUUCCCACAACAACCCUUUGAAGCAGUCGUUUCUAACAUUAAAUGUGCUGUGGCAUCUUUCUUUCAUUUGUACUCACCCCCAGGCAAGUGCGUUCU